AUGGCCCGGACGCUGUCGUUUGUCCGCCCGCCACCACCAAAGCAGCCCCCGCAGGAUCCGACGACACCGCCGCCACCGCCAGAUGCUGGGACCCGGAACGUGGCGGUGGGUGUGGCACUUGCUGCUGCGCUCCUCUGCGGACCGCACUAUCUUGAGCACCACAACGUGUUUACCGAUGCGAGCAAAAACCCCGACGAGGUCGACAAAUACGGCGAGAUCGUGUCCAAGGGCUCGCUGUGGAACGGACCGAGCCUCGGCGCGCCGCCGGUCGACCGCCCUCUAUGGGCCCAAGUCCUCCGCCGCGAUCUCGUGGUCAACUACCUGGUCCUCCGCCUCGACGACGGCUCGCGUUCACUUUACGCCUUUCCGCCGUCGUCGGAUGUCAACGCCAUGGCCGAGGCCUCGGUGCCGGAUGCAGGCGUUGGCGACGUGCCCGAGCCACCGUUCCCGCUCGGCGCCACCGUCGUCCUCCACCAGGACGGCGCCGACAAGACACCACUAGUGGCUGUCGACGCCGCGCUCCGGCCCUCGGGCAGGGACCUUCUGGCAGACGUUAAUCCCGCUCACUGGCGCGCCCUCGAUCCGCGCAUGCCGUGGGAGUACUACGGCGUCAUCGCCAUCGCCGUCGCCGGCUACAUGGCCACCUUUGCCAAGCGCGGCGCGUCCGGCUCGUACGGCCCGCUCGUCCUGUACCCGCUGCUUGGCACCUGGUUGGCGGCGUGGGCGCUGACUCCAGCCCCGGCGCUGCAUCCCUCGGUCGUGGCCGAGCUUGAGGCAAUCAAGGCUGGCGUGGCGCUUGCUGAUGCGGCCGGCAUCGAGGCCGCGGCCGUUGAGCAGUAAGCCUGCGCAUCUUUUCACAGCGAG